GGCUGGUAGAGAAAGGGGAACUGAGCCACCCGUCUUCUGAGGCCUGGGGGCAGUGGUGGGGGCUCUCCCACCCUCCCUGGCGCAGCCUGGAGCUGGGCACUGCUCAGAGGAGAGGCCUGCACAUGGGGACGCCUUAGCAGGAGGUGGCACUUAGCAGCUACAACCACAAAAAAAGACCCCUCUGCCAUGAACCAGCCUGCCCCUGGGGCCCUGCCUCCACCCCGCCGUGUGCGGCUGAAGCCCUGGCUGGUGGCCCAGGUGAACAGUUGCCAGUAUCCAGGGCUCCGCUGGGUCAAUGGCGAAAGGAAAUUGUUUUACAUCCCUUGGCGCCACGCCACGAGGCACGGCCCCAGCCAGGAUGGGGAUAACACCAUCUUUAAGGCCUGGGCCAAGGAGACAGGGAAGUACAUGGAGGGGGUGGAUGAGGCCGAUCCGGCCAAGUGGAAGGCCAACCUGCGUUGUGCCCUGAACAAGAGCCGUGACUUCCGCCUCAUCUACGACGGGCCCCGGGACAUGCCGCCUCAGCCCUACAAGAUCUACGAGGUCUGCUCCAAUGGCCCCACUCCCGCAGAGUCACAGCCUACUGAGGACUACAUUUGUGGCACAGGGGAGGAGGAGGAGGAGGAGGAGGAGGAGCUCCAGAGGAUGUUACCAAGCCUGAGCCUCACAGAAGCGGUGCAGCCUGGGCCCCCCAUGGCACCCUAUUCUUUACCCAAAGAGGAUGUCAAGUGGCCGCCCACUCUCCAGCCACCGGUGGCACUUGGCCCCCCUGCUCCAGACCCCUGCCUCCUGGGCUCUGCCCCUGGGGACCCUGCUGCCUUUGGGGAGCUUCUCCCUGAGGUUCUGCCGAGCCUGCAGCCUGGGCCCCUGGCUGGCAGCCUAGCCCCCCAAGGCGAGCAGCUCCUGCCCGACCUGCUGAUCAGCCCCCACAUGCUGCCCCUUACCGACCUGGAGAUCAAGUUCCAGUACCGGGGGCGGCCACCCCGUGCCCUCACCAUCAGCAACCCUCACGGCUGCCGGCUCUUCUAUAGUCAGCUGGAGGCCACCCAGGAGCAGGUGGAGCUCUUCGGGCCUGUGAGCCUGGAGCAGGUGCGUUUCCCCAGCCCCGAGGACAUCCCCAGCGACAAGCAGCGCUUCUACACGAACCAGCUGCUGGACGUCCUGGACCGUGGGCUCAUCCUCCAGCUACAAGGCCAGGAUCUCUAUGCCAUCCGCCUGUGCCAGUGCAAGGUGUUCUGGAGUGGGCCCUGCGCCUCAGCUAACGGCUCGCACCCCAACCCCAUCCAGCGGGAGGUCAAGACCAAGCUCUUCAGCCUGGAGCAUUUUCUCAAUGAGCUCAUCCUGUUCCAGAAGGGUCAGACCAACACCCCACCACCAUUCGAAAUCUUCUUCUGUUUUGGGGAGGAGUGGCCUGACCACAAACCCCGAGAGAAGAAGCUCAUCACUGUACAGGUGGUGCCCGUAGCUGCUCGAUUGCUGCUGGAAAUGUUCUCAGGGGAGCUUUCCUGGUCAGCCGAUAGUAUCCGGCUACAGAUCUCAAACCCAGACCUCAAAGAUCGCAUGGUGGAGCAGUUCAAGGAGCUCCAUCACAUCUGGCAGUCCCAACAGCAGCUGCAGCCCAUGGCCCAGGCCCCUCCUGCUGGCCAGGGGCCCUGGCCAAUGCACCCAGUUGGCAUGCAGUGAAGUUGCAUAUAGUGACUGAAGCAGGCUUCCUGAGAGGCUAUGUGGACUGUUGUGAAGGGCCUGAGUUCCAGAUUCUCCCUGCAGAAGCUGAGGGAGGCUGGGAGCCAGUUCUGCUUCCGGGCCUCUGACUUCUGGACAUGGCUCUCUGCUAGCUCCGGUGUGCUGGCUCUGAAGGAAUUCAGCCAUCAACACCAGUGAGCAGGCAGGGCUUCCCGUGAUGCCAGGGCCUAAAUGUACAGAGGAAGUGGCCCCAGAGUGCCCCAGUUUCCUCUGGCAGAAAGCCUAGAGUUCUGUGGCAGGUUCCCCUGGUGGGGCCUCUGCAGGUCCUGGGCCUGAUUUGGGGGGUUCCCUAGUUUGAGCCUCACUUCCUCAUCUUUCUCCUUUCUGAGACAGAUUUGAGCACUUAGGUAUUGCACCAAAUACUUAAGGCUGGCAGCUACCUCCUUUCUUGUGAGUCCAAGAGCUUGGGGUAGAAAAUGGAAUUUUAUGUAUUUUUGGAUUAAUAAAUGUUAAAGACACA